CAAAUCUAAAAAUGCUUUGCUUGUGUUUCAUGUGGAUUGAAAAUGCGCUCAAUGUGUUGCAACAUGUUUGUUUCCAGACUUUGGAAUGCCCUUUCUGAUCAGACAUGUCGAAGCGGUGCUUCGUUUAAAAUCACUCCUCAAAACACACUCAUAUUUCUUAUACGUAUGCACUCUCACCACGUCCUCGAUCACUUUUCUUUGGAAGUAGCAAAGAAGCAGCACAUCCUGCAGAUCACUUUUCAUGUAUUCUAUGAGGAUGUUCCUACUGUUCUGCGUCCUCUGCCUGAUGUCUUCUACUGGCUACAGUCAGCUUCCAGGACCUCCUGGUCCUAAAGGUGACCCAGGACAUGUUGGGCCACCUGGGCCAGCUGGGCAACCUGGGCCAGCUGGGCCACCUGGGCCACCUGGGUUUCCUGGAGCGAGGGGACCAGCUGGACUUCCUGGAUCUGCUAUAUUCUGUGGACGAGGUGUCUCUGGUCAGGAACUGGAGACCUUAAAGAACAGCCUCGCUAAGUUAGAGCUGGUCGUGAACUAUGACUUUGUCUGAAGAGUUGGUCAGAAAUACUUUGUGUCCUACAAGAAGAGAGACUCUUUCUCCAGGGCCGUCGAGUUCUGCUCCCAACGAGGCCUAGAGCUGGCUUUGCCCCAGAACGAGGAGGAGAACAACAUACUCACUCAGGUGUUUGGGGAUGAUAACAAAACAGCCUGGAUCAACGUCAACCCUAACAAAGCUGAGGCUGAUAUGAAAAACCGACCUCUGACCUUUACGAAAUGGGGAGAAGGGCAGCCAGACAAAUCCAUCCAGGAUACAGGCUGCACCAUGCUGUCAGAAAACGCCUUCUGGAGAGUGACACACGACUGUUCUCUGAAUGCUUACAUCAUUUGUCAGAUGUAGAAAGUUGUUGUUGCCUUGCAAGUCAUGUUUUAAAUGUUGCUUUAAACAAAUGUAUAGUCUCAUAAUAUCCUGUGAAUCAAAAAUAAUGAAUUUAUCUUUUUUCUCAUUUUUAUGGAGAUAUCAUUGAAACUUCAAGGUCCGGGUUUAGGAACAAUAACCCAAUGUAAUGGUUUUCCACCAACAUCCUUGUGAUAUGUAUCUUAAUCCCUCAAAAAAAACACAUCUUGAUUGCAUCAGCAAUGUGGCAUUAUUACUCUUGUGCAAACAUUCCUCGACUAAAAAGAAUUUUAGCAAAUGAUUACACUAAUACUUUUUAUGGCU